UUUCCCACGCAGUCUCUUUCCCCGGCCACAAAACAACCGUGAGUGUCUAACUCACCGUUCUUUAACAACUUUUAAAAAACAAAAAAAUAUAAAAAAUACAAAAUAUAAAAUCUUAAAAAUAAAUAGGCCUUCCGUAAUAUACAAAAUAAAAAUACGUCGCUAAAUUGUGUUAACAGGAGGCCUCGGGCUUAACCCGACGUUUAAGACAAUUAUAUUUAUCAGGAGAAUACGCCGAGAUUCCAUUCUGUUUUUAGCUGUCACUUUUCCUUGUCAGCGAGUCUUGAAACUUCGAUCUGAACACAAGUCGCAUUCUGAGUGUUUUUUACUCACAGAUUCGGCCCCGGGGAGCAUUUCUUAUCAACAAUUCCCGUGAUUAUAGCGCGAAGGAAGAAUUCAUACAUUUUGUGCACUCCGAGAAAUGAACACAGAGACUACAGGGAGUUAUCCAAUGGCUUCUCUCUAUGUUGGCGAUCUGCACCCUGAUAUCACGGAGGCUAUGCUGUAUGAGAAAUUCAGCCCAGCAGGACCGGUGUUGUCUAUUCGAGUAUGUCGUGAUAUGAUCACCCGACGCUCUCUGGGUUAUGCCUAUGUGAAUUUCUCGCAACCCACCGACGCCGAGAGAGCCCUGGACACCAUGAACUUUGAUGUGGUGAAAGGGAAGCCAAUCAGAAUCAUGUGGUCACAGAGAGACCCCUCACUCAGGAAGUCUGGGGUGGGCAACGUGUUCAUCAAGAACCUGGACAAGACCAUCGACAACAAGGCCCUCUAUGACACCUUCUCUGCAUUUGGGAACAUUCUGUCUUGCAAAAGCAUCAACUUGUCUCUCAAACAGGUUGUGUGUGAUGAGAAUGGAUCCAAGGGAUACGCGUUUGUGCACUUUGAGACGCAGGACGCAGCCGACCGCGCCAUUGAAAAGAUGAACGGCAUGCUUCUGAACGACCGCAAGGUUUUCGUUGGACGUUUCAAGUCUCGGAAGGAGAGGGAGGCAGAACUCGGGGCCAAAGCAAAGGAGUUCACCAACGUCUACAUCAAGAACUUUGGAGACGACAUGAACGAUGACAAGCUAAAGGAAAUGUUUGACCAAUACGGUAGCAUUCUCAGUGUGAAGGUCAUGACCGACCCUAGUGGCAAAUCUCGAGGCUUUGGCUUUGUGAGUUACGAGAAACACGAGGAUGCUAACAAGGCAUGUGAGGAGAUGAACGGCCAAGAGUUCAAUGGGAAGACUGUGUUUGUGGGACGUGCUCAGAAGAAGAUUGAACGGCAGGGGGAGCUGAAGAGGAAGUUUGAGAUGCUGAAACAGGAGAGGAUCAGCCGUUACCAGGGUGUUAACCUUUACAUUAAGAACCUGGACGACACCAUUGACGACGAGAAACUGCGCAAGGAAUUCACCCCAUUCGGGUCCAUCACCAGUGCCAAAGUGAUGCUGGAGGAGGGGCGUUCCAAGGGCUUUGGGUUUGUCUGCUUCUCCUCUCCUGAGGAGGCCACCAAGGCUGUGACUGAGAUGAACGGACGCAUUGUGGGCUCCAAGCCCCUCUACGUGGCCUUGGCUCAGCGCAAAGAAGAGCGCAAGGCCCACCUCACUAACCAGUACAUGCAGCGCAUCACUGGCAUGAGGGCCAUGCCUGCCAACGCCAUCAUCAACCAGUUCCAGCCCGCCAGCGGAUACUUCAUGCCUGCAGUGCCUCAGGGCCAAAACAGGACCACCUACUAUGCACCCAAUCAGCUGACCCAGAUGAGGCCCAACCCCCGCUGGCAGCAGCAGGGUGGCAGAGGCCAAGGUGGUUUCCAGGGGAUGUCCAACUCCCUGCGCCAGCCUGGUCCACGUGCCAACCUGAGACACCUGGCUCCCAGCGCCCAGGGCCCACGAGGCAUGGGGCCUGCUGGAGCUCAGAGAGUUGGAGGUGCUGGCCAGGCUAUGGGUCCUCGUCCCUCCAUGGGAGUCCCUGCCCCUCGUGCCAUGCCACCCUACAAGUAUGCCACCAGCAUACGCAAUACUAACCCCCAAGUGGUGCAGCCCAUCGCCUUACAGCAGGCUCAGCCAGCUGUACAUGUGCAGGGUCAGGAGCCUCUCACAUCCUCCAUGCUGGCUUCUGCACCCCCCCAGGAGCAGAAGCAGAUGCUGGGGGAGCGCCUGUUCCCCCUGAUCCAGGCCAUGCACCCCAGCUUGGCAGGGAAGAUCACUGGGAUGCUGCUUGAGAUUGACAACUCUGAGCUGCUGCACAUGCUGGAGUCCCACGAAUCCCUGCGCUCCAAGGUGGAGGAGGCUGUUGCCGUUCUGCAGGCCCACCAGGCAAAGAAGGAUGCCACACAAAAAGUGGGAGUCAUCCCUACAACUACUGCUGCCUCUACUUCCUGAUGUAUAAGACCGCUUACUAAAUGACACAAUCAACUGAGAAAAAGAUGAGGAGAGAUCACUACAUUGGCUUCAAAUGACUGGGUCAUCUCUACAAAAUCCUAUGCAAAAAUAAAUAAAAACAAGGUUGAAAAAAAUAGAAAAAAUCUUUUAAAAACAUACUUAAAUAUUUUUUAAAGAGAUUACAGUACUUAAUUUGUCUAGUUAAAAAAAAAGUUCUGUAAUACAUUUUAACUUUACCAAAAGCAAAACUUCCAACUAAAUAAGGCCCUUGAUUUUGUGGCCAGGACAGACCCCUUUUCUCUGAUGAAAAUUUGCUUUGCUCUUAUUCUUUGUUUGAAAGUUUUGUUUUAUGAUUUUAUUUGGACAAUUGGAUUCCUCCGUCCCAUCAUGUUAUCAUGGGUGGUGUGGUAUAUGGUAUUCUCAAUAAAGGGAUGAAUAUCAAAUGUACAA